AUGGCGAAUGACAAGGGAGCUGCUCUCUUGGAGUUUGCGAGGGCCUUUGGAUUGGUAGUAGUAAACUCCAGCUUUUCGAAGAAGAAAGAGCAUUUGGUUACUUUCCGUAGUAGGGUAGCCAAGACCCAGAUUGACUUUCUGCUACUUAGGAAGGAAGUUAGAGCUUUGUGCAAGGAUUGUAAGGUAACCCCGAGUGAGAAUGUUGCGACUCAGCAUAGACUUCUAGUGAUGGACUUGGCUAUCAAGAAAGGCAAGUUGAGUCAGGGUGGGAAGGGCCGACCUAGAUUUAGGGAGUCUGCUAGGGAGGUGUUAGUUAUUUCGAGGGGUUGGUCUGGACGGUUUCAGGAGGAUUGGUGGUGGAAUGAAGAUGUUAAUAAGAAGGUGAAGUCGAAGAAGGUGGCUUACGGGGACAGAGGUGUUGUGUUAGGGGAGUUGGAGCUUUUCGAGGAGUGUCGCGACUUUGGCUUUUGUCGGCGCUUUAAGGUAGAGGAGGUCAAUGAGGCUAUUCGUAAGAUGCGAAGGGGUAGGGUGAUGGGGCUCGAUGAGAUUUUGGUGGAUUUUUGGAAGUUCUCUGGCGGGACAGAGUUAAGGUGGCUGACCAACUUAUUUAACAAUAUUUUCAAGUCAGCAAAUAUGUCUGAGGCGUGGAGAUGA